AUGGCAGGGUGCGGCGCACGGCGCAGCGGCCACGGGGGGCGGCGCUCCCAGUUGGCGCCCCUCCCCCGUCUUGCCAGGAUUUUAACCUUCGCGGUCCUUCUCUUCGCCUGUUUGGGCAGCGGCGCAGCGGCUCAGCAUUCACUCUUAGAAGGCUCACAGAGGGCGAGGCAGCUCCGCUCUCCGAAGGCGUCGCGCCAAACUGAGGCCGUAUUAGACCCCGCUCUGACUCGAUCUUCUGGAACUGCCAACUCUGCUCGGCCCGGGCCAUGGAGAGGGUCAAAAGACUCUAACCACGGUCCAGACUGCUACGCGUUGACAAAGCCUCCAGGAGUUGUGCACAAGGAUCUCUGCACUUUCGUCUGCAAGGCCAUGUGGAACGCCAACCAGAGAUCCUAUCUUGAGUGCGACAACGCCGCAGAGUGCUUCAAUGAGGACUUUGCAGUGGCCUCCCGGAUUUCUCAAAUCACUUCACUACCGGUGGUGACUACCCUGUACCUGAGCACUCAGUGCAGCUACGAGCCGCGAUCGCCUCACAUUGCGGCCGGACAAUUUGAACACUUCAUUCCACUGAAGCUGUCUACCCUCGGCACCCGAGGGUGGGACAGCACGACGGUCUGCCCAAGUAACGCCAUAGUGGACGUAGUUGGCGCCUACGUUGGACAUCCCGACGUAGUUGAGGGCAGAGUGGCUAGGACAUACGAGUGCACGUAUUUGAACGUGACACGGAAGGUCCAGAGGCACUGCAGAAACGCUUACAAAAAUCCGGGCGUUGCGUGCGUCAUCACGCGCGAGGACUUCCGGGAACUCCAGCAGAACUACAGUUGCAUAUCUUAUACGCCACCGACCCUGGCACUCUUCAUCAACUGCAACCUCGGGCCCCGCGUGGUGCAGCUUACUGCAAAGAGGUGGAUGCUCACCAAGGCCUUCGAGACAUUUCGCUUGGGAGUCGGAGGGGCGAAUGAUGCGGCACCCUACUCCCGGUCUUCACCAGGCUUCCCUAGAGACUGCUGCGUCAUCUCAUGGGUCUGGAAUGGCACUGAGUGCGGUGUCUCUAGUGUCUUCGACCAUCGAAUUCGGGCAGAAGGACAAGUCGACAUGAUGCGUGGAUUCCUCAUGCAGUGGCUCCCGAACACAACUUGCAUCCACUUCUCACAAUGCCGCCUCGCUGCGAUCCUCGGCGGGUGCUACUGUCGAAAAGAUAUGACGCUAUGCAGCGUGGAGGAGGCGAUACUGUCCCCCGAGAUCGUCAGGGCCUCGGAGAGGGGGGGCGUUAUCAUUGCUCGAGGCAACCGAGGGUUUUCAGGAGGGUUAGCGACGGCGUGGCUGCUUGCAGAUUGCCACAAAGACAGAGUCCAGACGGCAUGCAGACGGACUGGAACGUUACUUGCAGGAACGGAGCCAGAAACGAAGUGGAAGAAUCGAGGUCCCGAUUGUUACAAGCCGCUUGGAUCGGUCUCGAAACAGCUGUGUACGUAUGCGUGUCUGAAGCUAUGGAACACUGAGGGCGACUACAUCAGAGCAACAAAUCCGUACCAAGACUUCCUCGAAAUGGUCCAGGAGGACUCCCUGCAAGCGUUGUCAGAGCUGACAUAUUCCGGGAGAAUGUCGAUUCGCGAUUGCACGUGGGAAAAGAGGAAUCGCUUCGACCCGCCAGAGCAAUACCGAUACGACACCUGGUCUACGACGGGGACGCUGGAGAAGCUGUGCCCAAGUAUCGGAGAACCGCAACUUUUCCAGGCUCUCAUUGGAUGCUCAGAUACGAUUCGCUCCGGUAACGUGUCGUCCAUGUGCAACUAUGCGGACGUUACAGAAAAGGUCCGUGAUACCUGCGGAGCCAAUUUUCUCAACGGCAGCGAGGGCUGUACUCUAGACUUGAACGCCCUUCUGCCCCGAGAGGAGGCAUGCAAGUCGUGCAAGGGAGAAUGGGGCAUCCGCCUCUGGUACAACUGCUCUCCAGGAAUAGACCCGUCAAAGGUUCGCUGCAGAGUCCAGAAAGCCAUCCCAAGCUCAAACCAGGAAGACAGUCUGUGUCGCUGUGCGUCCAUGGGCGACCCGUGCACCAUGGAUCAAGCUGAGGCCGAUGAGACGUGGAAAUCGACCGUGGAGAUGCAGACAUCCGUCCUCCUUGCCGACGAUGUAUCCUACACGUACUACACCAGAGGCAGAUUCUAUAGACAAUCUGCGAUCCGCGGCAACACCUGCCAGUCAUCGUGGCUAAGAGUCCUCUGCAACGAGCCUCCGUCCCAGAUCAGCCUUCUGCCCCCCCUCAAGGUAGGCCCAACCAGUGCGUCCGCGAGCGCAGGCGGUCGGUCCUCUACUCGAUGCACGAGCAAAGCAGCGGGUGGCUUUUUCCGUGCGGCUCAUCGUAUGGGCUGGCUCGCAAAUUGCAAGAAGGCCUUCUCAGUCGAAUCCGACGCAACGUCCGUCGACGACGCUGUAUGCAUUGAGGAGUGCCAGAAGAUGCUUCAGACGGAAUGCGCAGACUCGGCGAACUCCUGGCUGUGCGCAGCGAGGUCCUUGACUCACUGCUACAUCCCUAACGUGGCGAAAACCACGUGCCUCGUUACCAAGGAUGUUGGACCCUUCGUCGAGGCAUUCAAGAGCUGUUCCUGCGCGGAUGGCUCCAUGCCUUGCACGACAGAAGAAGUCGCUGCGACUCAAUAUGAGUGGGAAAAGAUAUUUACAGCAUCAGACGCCUACGCUGUCCUCAGCGGCCAACGCGUCGUUGGACCGAGCAAAGCCAUCCAGGCCGACUACGGCAUGGGGACGAGCCAUGGCUGUGGCAACCCGCGCUACAAGCGCGUGUUUUGUCGCGGCACUUCCACGGUGACCGGGGUCGUCCGUUAUGAUGAGACUGCAGACUGCUCCAAAGUGGAGUCCCUGUACACGGAACUCACGUCGAACUUUGAGUGUCGCUUUGGAUGCGGCGCGGUGACCAAGAAGUGCAAGACCAUCAUGAAGCAAAACCCCAACCUGUACGCCAGCGAGUUCCUCUGCUACCAAGAGCAGGUGUCCACAGUUCCGGGCAUGGAGAAUUGCUCAAUACACCGGAAGCUCGUGGACCCAGAUAUUGGAAUCGGGAAUAUGGAGGGAGGCUACGUUGUCGCUGAACAGACGUGGACGCAGGUUACUUUCAAGAACCACAUUGAUAAUCCGGUCGUUAUCACUAGUAUACCGGCGUCCACGAACGCAGCAGGCUUCGUUCAGAUCAGAAACGUCAAACCGACGGGCUUUGAAGUUCGACUGAGCAACGAUAUCUGCUCUGUUGGCUUUGCGUAUCCGUAUACCAUUGUUGGAUGGCUAGCGUCGAGUGAAGGAAAUUUCGUCGUCUCAGGGUCCGAAAGCUACGUGCGAGUCGGCGUCGCAGUGGCUUACGGGAAUCACGAAGGCGUAAUACGUUAUUUCGUCCCAAUGCAAUCAGAUUCACCAGUCGUUCUCCUACAGGCGCAGAGCUCGAGCGCCGACGACGAAGAGAGAUACAUUGCUGCCCCCAUUGUAACUUCUGCCACGAACACCGAAGCUAACUUCCGCGUGGCCAGCGUUGGGCAAAUUCCAGCCACAGACGCCAUCCAUGUGGGAUACAUGAUAUUUGAUGAAAUCCCGAAGUCAAAGUGCAGCGUGGGCUGCAAGCUCAACGGCAUAUCUCUACAGACGAUUGUAGGACAGCGUCCUCAGACUUGGGAUGAGGAACGGACGGACGGAGUCAUGAUAGGCGGCAAUACAACUGUUUUUGGCACCUUCAUCGCUCCUAUAACUACUUCACCCACCGUAGUCUCCCGGCAGGCGGUUGCGUGGUCCGCUGGGGAACGUCUCACACCUUCAGGCGGCGUUGUGUUUGACUGGGAUUUCCCUGUGGGCGGGAGCGAACGAACCCAAGCCAGCACUGGCGCCCACGAGGGAGUGCGGUCAGUGCCGCAGGCGCAGAAUGAGGGAGGCGACGACUUUCGCGGGCGCACUGCCGCCAUACAGUUGAGGAUGAACACGAAGACACGCCAGGUCGAGACGCCGGAAGCUGAGGACGAGGACGCAGCAGUUUUCAGAGUGUCGGACGCUGACGGAAGCGCAGCGUCCCGGUGGUUUCCUGUCAUCGACACAGUCUUCGACUCAAACUGCGAACAACGUUCCUUCCGGAGAAGCAAUGAACUUCCGGCUAAACAGUCCAGCGUGCGGCUACUGUACGUGAGAACCGGUAGGUCCCGCCUGUUCGUCGUUGGCCGAAGGGCCCCGUCCAAGCGACCGGCCCGUCGCCUCCAGCGCGCCGACGCCCAGGACGGCCUCGACCUGCGCGACCUGGUCUCAGUGCACGGCGGCGGUCAGAGCUCUCCGCUGGGGGCAGACAGCCUGCGUCGCCAGGCCACGAGAGGCAUUCGCGAGUCCCACGCAGGCCUCCCUCUGCGCGCCCGGACGCGGCGUGCGCAGCGCAGACGCGCGUGGCUGCGCCGGCGUGUCUGUCUGUGCGCGCAGGAGCGAGCUGGCCAACUUCCGCGGACGUGCCCUGCCAGUUCCCACACGGAUGCGAAGUGCUCAGAGGAGUGCACUGCAGUCACGGAGGCCUGUAGCGUAACUUCCGAAAACAUGUGGGUAUGCUUCUUGCGGCGUUUUCCGCAUGCACUCAAGGACGCAUGCCGCGUGCUGCCCGAAACUGCCGCGUGCAUACUCGUCAAUAUGGAGUCAAAGGAGUACUCAGCCAUGAGAGGGUGGGAUCCCGUAACGAUGACAUGCAAGUGCCCGUACGACGUCCCUGCAUGCUCUAAAGAGCAGGCUACGUUCGACCUUUUCAACUGGUCGUCUAGUGUUGGCCACAGAGGAUCGCUUUGUACAGGCCAAACGAAAGUCGUGAAAGGACUCGCACGCGGAUUCAAACUGACUUCGGUAGACCUGUGCGGCAGCCUGCCCGAUUUCUCGAGCUCGACUUGGCAGAACCUGCCUUUGCCUCCUUAUAUGGCGGAUGACGUCACUGUGGGGGACACUGUCCUCCGAAGCGGACACCACUUGUGCACCCAGGAGUACGACUACGUUUUCUGCCCCAGCAAGCUGAUCACCACUACAACUACCGCUUCAACAUCGAAAUGGGACUGGCCGGCGAAUCAGGACUGCGUCGCAGGGGAAUGGACCAGCUGGAGCUCAUGCUCAGAGCAUUGUUACUCAAACACUGGACCAAGGGCGAUAAAGAGAAGGACUAGAGAAGUUUUCCUUCCGCGUCGCGGUUCAGGCGAAGACUGCACAUUGCUGCAGCACAGAUUAUGCGAAGUAGACGAGGAAGUGCCGCUGUGUUCCAAAUACUGCUGGAGAAGCGAAUGGGGUGACUGGAGUGACUGCGAGGAGAAAGUGUUGAAGUUUGGGAAGCCGCCUGUCCUAACUCGUACGAAGCAGCGACACGUCUUCAUGGACCACAACGGCGUGUGCAGUGCCGAGGAGUUGGUCGCGUACGACCAGUCCACGUGCCGAGGUUCGAGGUCUGGGCCCGCGGCGCCGUCACCUACGCCUGUCCCUUCUUUGGCUGAAGUCGGGCACUCUGUCGCUCGAGGAUUCGGUGAGGGAGGUGAAGCGCAGCGCAGCACUGCGGAAGAGGAGACGCCAGGCUUCAGCAGCGGUGAGGAAGGCGAACGAGACCCGAAAUCCGGGGGCGCGGCGCCGGAGCAUGAAGAUGUGGAAAAAGAAGAAAGCAGUCGUUCGCCACCGUCAGAGGGUGCAGAGGUUGCGGACGAUGGAGCUACUUUCUCCCUACGGUCAGCGAACGCCGGGACCGUGAACGCAGACGACGAAGAUCAAACCCAUGCGAGUCCGCGGUCACAUGUGCACAACCGGGAGCGAGCUUUACGGGAAGACAGUUUCAACUCGGGCUCCCAGAAACUCUAUCUCAGGACAAAGACUACUGCUCUAAUUAUGUACGCAGCUGCGAAGGACAGAUGCCGCCUUGCAAGCUCGACGUCGAACCGAGUGAACUGCAACCUAGUGGGGCCGCGAUACUCUUCUCCCGAAGAUCUCCUCUACUGCCGGCAGCAGUGCGAAUACAUCGUGAAAGAGUGCAAGAAGACAGCCGCGUUGAGGAACAUGACACAGUGGGAAUGCGUCAUCGAAGGUCUUGGUGGUAUUGGACGCUGUCGGUACAAGAAAGAUGGGGCUGCAGCACAGGCCAUGCGACCUCCGGUUUGCUUCCUGAGUAGGACGCGCCAAGUGGAUAAGAGCAACCCGCUUUCAUUUCUGGCGACGGGCAAAGAGUAUGGACGCGGCUCGUGCAUGUGCGCCUCGCCAGACAACGUACCUUGCUCUGCUGAGGAAGCUGCGGCAUCGGCGGACGAGUGGACUAAGCUCCUCAAUACGUCUGUUUGUCCCUUCGGGACUUUGGGAGCGUUUUUCUCGAGCCCUGAUUCGAAGGGCUCUGCGGAUUCCGCCGUCUUCUUCGGAGCUACAGAUCUCGGCCGCGUGCACUGCCCCAUCAGCCAAGGCACAGAACCGGGCGGCGACCAACCAACUUAUACUGAUUUCGCGUCUCCUGAGGCGAUGAACGAGUUCUGCGAGCAUGGCCUGCCUUUCUGGAAGAACACGGCACUGUCUGUUGGUUCGCUUGACUGCCGCCAGGCGAAGUCCAAGGCAGGGAAGCAAAAGGAUUGCCGAGCAGCUUGCCAGAAACUAUUGAACGCUUGCAUCGCUAGUGAUGAAGCAUGGGAGAACUGCGUUGCGAAAUCCAUGACUGCGCCUGACUACGCGGACAACUGCGAGAUGAACAUCGAAGCGAAACUCGGCCAUGGCAUGAUGCUGUGCAAGCAAAAGGCCGUGGACUGCCAGUACUCCGAGUGGUACGAGUGGAGUGAAUGCAGCCUCACCUGCAAAUCUGCAGGAGAUGGCAAUGAUAGUUAUCGAAUCAGAGAGCGCAGACUUCUGUCCUCCGCUGAAAAUGGUGGCGUUUGUGACGCAGAACGGGACUCGUCCAACGGACAAAGUGUGGUCGCCAUUGGACUCUGUGACUGGCUCCCCGACUGCCCUGGCGUGUCAGCACAAGGGGACAUUCACAUCCUCAUGCCCAAGGAGGAGCCCAAGCUGAGCCCGUGGACCCCGCACCGCACAACGACGUCAACAAGGGAUCCUGACACGCCUCUACCGGGGCAAGAGGAUACGGUUUGCACGAUCGUGAACAUGGCCGACUUCAGAACGUCGGAACGAGGUUAUGACACCGCGGCCGAAUCGUGUAAAUGCCCGGGAAAAACCACAGUCUGUUCUCGCGGAGAAGCGUCCAACUCCCGAGAGAAAUGGGAGUCUAUCAUGGAGUCCAUAUGCGGCCGAAACGGUGCAGGGCAGAUAUUCGCGCAAGGCAUGGAGGAAUUCAACUGCGGCAGUCGCAGCUUUCAGUCGUUCUCUGGAAUCUUUAGCGAAUCACCUGAAGAGGACUGCAAGAGUGGUGACCUCGCGUAUAUCUUUUGCAAAGGUGAAGGCCCCAUCCAGAACGACACCGUGAUGACUCACAUGACAAUUUCAUUGAUUCUCGGGAUCGUGUUUGGGUUCAUCUUCAUAUACUGGGCGGUGCAGUACAGUCUGGAUAUCCAGAAGGUACUUGGCAUUACUGGCCGUUACGUUGAAUUAAGCAACAUGCUUGAAGAGGUUGACAAGCAGGAUGAGGAGAAGGGGGCGGAAGGCGAGCAGCAAGAGGGUGACGACGAGUUCGAUAAGUUAGAAGGUGAAGAGGAUGGGGGGGAGAACCAAUACGAAGAAGGUGCCGACGACGCAGAGGGCACGUAUGGAGAGGGGUGUGAGCAGGAGGAGGCCGACGAACAGUACAACGCUGCGGAUGACGGGUCGCUCGAUGACCGAGCGCCUGACGACGCAGGUGAACUCGACAAUGAUGCGGAGCAGGAUGGUCAGGAAGAGCCGGAGGGUAUGUAUGGUAGUGACGAGGAAGGGUAUACAGAAGAAGAAUAA